UGCGUUUGCAAUUCUUACAAGCGUCGUUUCCUAUUUAAUGUUUUUAUGCACUUUAUGGCACUUUAAAGGGAUCUGAGACGUUUCCUUCCAAUAAAUAUGUAAAAAACCAAAAUCAUAAGACAACCUUGACAGAAGUAUGAGCUGGCCGUCCCAAAGCGCAAACCAGGGUGGUCAGACAAGCCCUCUGACGUCCAGCUGGCAGCCAUUUCUCGACCAGGCACAGGAGACUCAGGCAGCUUCUGCUACUGCUGGGAGCAAUGGCCUGAUCCCCCCUCCCCCACCCCUGGUACGCCACAAUGUGCCAACGCCACCAGCAGGAAUAGCCCGAUCACAGUCUGGAGGAUACACAGCCCCACCAGCUCACUCGGGUGUGGUGGUUUACCAUGGAGCCCCGGCAAGGUUUCCAGGCCAACUGGGCACUGUACAGGGAACUGCAGCACCAACCCAGGUCACAGGGUUUCAACCAGGUACCCAGCAGUACCCCAUGCUGUCUGAACAGCUGUUCUCUGCUUCCCAACACCAUCCAUAUCAGCAGCAGCAACAACAGCAGCAGCAACAACAACAACAGCAGCAGCAGAAGCAACAACAACAGCAGCAGCAACAAUAUCAGCAGCAGCACUUCCCACAACAGAAAGAACAGCGUCAGAAUUACCAGCUUCAACAACUACUGCAUAUUCAGCAGCAGCAACAACAAAAACAACAACAACAGCGACUACCUCAAACUGCUGCUCAACAACCAUUGCCUAUCAGAACACAACAACGUCAGCAACAACAACCAGAGUUUGUCCAGCUGGACUCAAACCAGGUGAGAUUUGCAGGACAGCAGUAUGCCCAACAAGUUCUUCAGUCGACAAGUACUCAAGUGUUUGUAAACCAGCAGCCACAAUUCACCAAGGCAGGCCAGUCCAGACAGUUCAGGCCCCAAUUCCCCACUCAAGAUCAAGUCCACACCCAGCGGAUGCCUUCUCAGCCAGAUAGAAGUGCAAGAUUGUAUGAGCAGAUGUCCCAGGCAGGAACAUUUGUCCAACUACAGCCACCUGGGGGUCAGUUUGCUGGUCCCCAGUCAGCUGCAGGCCAGCCAAGAUUUCCUGGCAUGUUGUAUGGGACUGUUGACCAGUCAAGCAGUGUACCGAGGCAGAUGGGGGCACAACCAGUAUACACUCCACAGCCCCGUUCACAAGCUCCUCCUCCACGUGCCCACCAACAAAUGGCAGACUCCCAUGUCAUCAGACAGCCUGCUCCUCCUCAGAGCAAUGUCAGUAAUAAUCCCAUCUCUGGAAAUGUAGGUCCAGUGCUUUUGCAACCGCAAGAUGUUUUCAAACAAAAUGUUUUGCGCCAUGCUUUGAGUAGAUUGCAACAAGCAUUUAAAGAUACUGAUUUGAAUUUUCACAACUUAAAUCCUACUCACAAAGCUGUACUUGUGCGCUAUAUUAAUAACUUGAAGAGGAGACAUGAGGAAAAGGUUGCGAGGGAGAGACUUGAGAACCAGACUGUACAUGGUGCUGUGCCUGUCUCUACCAGUGAAUCAGACCGGAUCCGAGAAACAUUUGUCAUACCAGAGGCAGUGAGCGACAGAGAGAUGAUGGGUCGAUGGUACAGCCAUCCGGACAAUGAACAGGACACACCUACGGCGAGGAAUCCAAGCCUCAGUAUCAUAGACAUUCUUGGGACUCACUCACCUACAAUUACCACAAGCCCAUCAACUACGGCAAGCCCUACGCCAUCUCCCCCUGUCUACACAACAUCUCUACCUGUCCGAACCACUGGUCCAGAAACUGAGGAUUUGCAAGAAAUGUCUGUAAUGCAACCUUCCGAAGAAACAGAAGCAAUGUAUGAAUAUAAAGUUAAAGAUUUAUUGAGUUUUGAAACCAUGACUAGGAUUAAACACCACAGUGGAAUAGACUCUGACAGUAGUUGUGGAAUGUCGCGGCAUCCAAGUAUAGCUUCAGAGAGUGGUGGAAAGUCGCGGCAUCCAAGUAUAGCUUCAGAGAGUGAUGGAAAAUCGCGGCAUCCAAGUAUAGCUUCAGAGAGUGGUGGAAAGUCGCGUCAUCCAAGUAUAGCUUCAGCGAGUGAUGGAAAUCCGCAGCCAUCCAGUACACCUUCAGAGAGUGGUGGAAAAUCAUGGCACACUAGUACAGCUUCAGAGAGUGGUGGAAAAUCACGGCACACCAGUACAACUUCAGAGAGUGGUGGAAAAUCACGGCACAACAGUACAGCUUCAGAGAAUGGUGGAAAAUCACGGCACACCAGUACAGCUUCAGAGACUGGCGGAAAAUCACGGCAUACCAGUACGCCUUCAGAGUGCGGUGAACAAGUUGGAAGAGAUAAGGAAACUGUUUGUAUGAGUAUGGCUACUGAUGUAGUUUUAAGUGAGCCAAGUCCUGUCCAGGUGAACACGCCUAUGGACAGUGGAGCGAAUGACAGCUCUGUAGAAAUUAUCAGUGGUGCCGUGAUGCUUGAUGAGCACAAGAACAGGAUGAUGGAUGAGUUGCAGCUAGAUCCAUUCUUCUGCACCCAGGAUCUCUUCCCGGAUGUUGAUUAUUCUGACUAUGUGCCCGCUACUCCCAGAAUGCAAGAGUGUCCAACUCCGCUGGAUUUAAGCUCAUCGGGAAGAAAUUCGGGCACCAAUUCACCAUGUACUGUUUCAGAUCAGCCUGUAAACCCCAUCUUACCUAUGAGCACGUCUUCGAGUGAAGUAUAUAAACCUACUUUACCAUUAUUGUUGCCCUCACCUAGGCAGACAGGUCCCAUUCCCUACAGUACAAACCCUGGAACCACUGUAGCUGGUCCUGGCGGCAGUGUGCAGACAUCAGUGACUCCAGAGUGUUCACCUCCAGUUUUAUCACCUGUAAGCACUCCCAGACUGAUGUCUCCCAGGGAGAAAUCACAUGGGCAACCAGCUGAUCAGCCAUUUAACCAGGGAAGCGGGGAGGAAGAGGAGGUGCAGCCCAGCCCCAGGGGAAAGAGGAAAACUAUGUGUGACAGGACCAGUCUGCCCUCCCCCAAGCGUGCUAGAGGUCAACGGACCAGAAGGGGCAAAGGUCGGGUGUGGGCUGUGAAUUUCUCAGCCCCCAAGAGGGGGAGGGGCAAGAGUGGAGGAAGUCAACCCAGGGGAAGGGGCCAGAGUGGACGUGGUCAACUGAGGGGCAGGGGCAGAGGUCGAGGUAGAGGUGCAAACAGAAAUGUAACACCGCAGUCUGACAAUCUAUCCCCAAAAUUGGAGCCCCUAGCGACAGAAAACCAAGACCUUGAACCUCCCACAUUGAACCCAGAAAACCCAAUCAGGAGCUUGAUAGAUGACAUUCAUUGGAAAAAUCACACUCCUGAGGAACUGAAAACUUAUAUCGAUAAUAUCAAUGAAGAUGUGUUAAGAAGUUCUUUAACAGAUUGUUACACCCUGAAGGUCAUUCUUAAUAAAGUAUUACAAGGAGGAAGUGGAGCGACUGAUAAAUCCAAUACCACCAAGGGAAAACUGAGUGACAGUGUUAAAGAAACAAAUUCAGAUCAGAGUGUUAAAGAAACAGAUUUAGCUCAUGCUGCAAAUAAAGAAGUGUACACAAAGGUGAAAGGAAGAAAACUAGAGACAAGAAUGAAAUUGAAAACUGCGGCUAUUAAAAGAGCAAGAAUACAGCAUCCAUAUGUAAGAACACCAAGCCCAGUAAAGACCUAUCACAUACCGAGUCCACUCCUUAGUAAAUAUCACAAGUCAAGUCCACUCCUUAGUAAGGAUCACAAGUCGAGUCCACUCCUUAGUAAGGAUCACAAGUCGAGUCCACUCCUUAGUAAGGAUCACAAGUUGAGUCCACUCCUUAGUAAGGAUCACAAGUCGAGUCCACUCCUUAGUAAAUAUCACAAGUCGAGUCCACUCCUUAGUAAAGAUCACAAUUCGAGUCCACUCCUUAGUAAAUCAGAUACUGAUGUGCCAACAAGUCCAGUAAAAAGUGCUGAUAAAGUCAAGGAUCUUAGUACAGAUGGUCAAAAGAAAACUGGUGAAGAUGAGAGUGAGAAUAUACAGCUCGAUGAGGAUAAAAACACAAAAGAUACUGAUAACGUAUCUGCCAGUGACAUUGCUUCUAAAAGUGAAGUUCAUGAGAAACUGUCUGAAUCUCCUGUUAAGAUUAAGAAAGAAACAAUGCAGAAAGGUUCUGAAAUAAGUGAUGUUCCAAAUACAUGGCCUGAACAAAAAGACAACGAAACAAACGAUCCUGUCCAUAUUCCUAUUGCAUCUCCUAAAGAAGACCAAACACCGGGUUCUUCAAAAGAAACAGCUUUGGAAGAAAAGAAUCCAGCAGGCAGUGUGGAAGAAAAGAAUCCAGCAGGCAGUGUGGAAGAAAAGAUGCCAGCAGGCAGUGUAAGCUCUGAUGAGGUGCUAGCAGCUCAUGGUGAAGUUAGACAGAUUACACCCAACCAUCAGCUAAUGUGGGUCCGGUUUCAUCAGAAAGUUGUGCUUAGACUUGUAUCACCCAAAGGCAAGUUUUUUGUCAUGCUUGAGAUCUUACGUAGGUGCUUCAGAAUAACUGAACCAGACAAAAUUAAAAAAGUUCAGAAAAUUCGUAUUCUCAAAAGCAAACACUUGAAGAUAGUGGAUACUGAAAUAGAAGAGGAGUUCCGACAUGAUGUUCUUCAAGCACUCACUAAAAGACAGGUCAUCAAAACCAUCCCUAAGUCUUUAAUUGUAAUCAGAGAGGAGGAUGCACUUACAUGGUUUCACUAUGUUUGUGACAAUCUGUAUUGUGAUGAAGGUUGUAUUGCACCUUGGAAUAAAAAGAAGAAAAAGAAAACAAGUGGUGAAAAGAAAACCAGCCAGGGAGAAAAACAGGGGUCAGGAAGCAUGGUGAAAACUGAAAAAGGACAGGACCGGAAUGUUUUUAACUAUAUUGAAAGUGUCAACAAACCUGAAGUUAUCAACCUGUGUUCAGAUGAAGAAGAUGAAUGUUUACCAGUGAAUUUGAAUGAUUCAAACACAUUGCCAUAUGUUGAUGGCCUUCCUAAUGAUAGACUUAAAGAUCUAGAAUCAGAACUGGCACACAUACAAUCAUAUGGAAGAGAAGUGACUGAUGGUGACUCUAAUCAAAGUGUUACACAAUGUGCUAAUAGGGAGGAAGAAGAGAAUGAAGGUGUUGAAAUGGAAAUCGACAAUCAUCAGUUUGAUGACCAAGAUGAUAAUAGUCUGAGCUUAAAAGUUUUAGAUGUACGAACUUGUGCUGAUGAGAACCUUGUUAAUGUUGAAAAUAAUGAACUUGUUGAUGAAGAGAGUGCAAUGAGUCCUGUUCUUGCAGUUGUGCCAGAAGUUGAGAAACCUUCGAAUGAUAGUGGUAGUAUUGUUCAAAGCGCAGAAUGCAUUGGAAAUAAGAAAACAGCUCAAAGACCUGAGGAAAUGUCUGAUGAAGAAAUUGUUCUUCUUGAUGAAAGUCUUGGAAUGCAACCAGUAGAAAUACCUCAAACUGUAAAGGAAGACAUUGACGAAAAUAUGGAAGAUGCGCUAGAGAAUCUAAGGGUUGAAAGUGUAACAAGCCUUGCCAUGACAGCACAUGAUUUUGAAGAACAGAUUGACAUGGAAUUAAAUGAAAGUUUGAACACAGCAGAAACACAGGCAAGUGCAUGCAAACAAAGUGACCAGCUCUGCAGUCCUGAAAAAAUCGAAGAAGAUGAAGCCAAAUUGGAAAACAUUUUUGAAGUACCCAGCAAAGAAUUAUGCAAUGUUAAGACUCCUGCUGUUGAGACAGAUUCAGAAGUAAAACAACCUAGCAGAAAGAAAUCUUUUAGAGACAGACUUAAAACUACUAACAGAACUCUGUUUGAAAUAAUUGAUAGUGAUGAAGAAGAUUUGUCUGAUUCGGAUAAAACAGUUCAGAAUAGAAACACAGCAAGUGAUGAUCCAACAGAAAAUAAUAGUUAUAGUACAGAUGAUGAUACUAGUUUAAAACCACUGGACAGGAGUAAAAGUAAUGAGAUUGGUGACACAACUAAAAUGAAUACUAAAAAUAAAGUUGAGAGCAUUGAAGUUAUUGGAACAAGUGCAAAAUACAAUGAUUGUGAUGAUGAUGAUGAUUAUGAUGUCAUUGAUAUUAAUUCUGAUGAUGAUUCUAAUGAUGUUGAAGAGGUGUGUUUUGUUGAAAAUGUUGGAAAAGAAAAUGUUGCAAUGUUUACUGCAUCAAAGAUAACAUCAGACAUGGAAGACGAAACAUGCACUCACAGGGAAGCUGAACCCAAUGAUGCGGAAACAGACAAUGAUGAUGUUCUCAUUUGUAGAGUCCAUGGUAAUGAUGAAAACCCGGAAAGUGAACAACAUCUAAAUAACUUGAGACUGGAAAUUAUCGAUGGAAAACCUGAAAUAGCAAAAGAUAGAAGAGAGAAGUUGUCCAAGGCGAAGAUGAAAAUUGAGGACAUCAUUAAGAGAGCGAACAGUGCCAGUGAUGAUGAACUUCGGAAUGUGUUCAAUGAGGUAAACCAGCUGAUGGCUCCGCUGAAGCAGUGGUCGUCUGUGUUGAUGGCUCGAGGCCUGGCCAGUGAGGGCUCUGCAGGGGGAUUGUCCGCAGAGAAAUUAAAGCUGCUGCAGAGGAAUGGAUUUCUCCCCCCAACUGUCAUUAACCUCAGUGAUGACACUUAAAAACAAUAGAAUGGCUUGCUGAACACUGUUGCCUUGUCAGCCAGUAGUGUGGAAACGUUGCAUACGCAGACUUAGGUCUCAUUGGAUACACAGACCUAUGGACUCACAGGCUGCACACACGGGAUACACAUAUGGACACGCAGAAUGCACAGACGAACGGAUACACAGACGGAUGGAUGCACAGAUGAACAUACAGGAUACACAGAUGGAUGGUGCACAGACAAACACACAGGAUACACAGAUGGACAGAUGCACAGACGGACACACGGGAUACACAGACAGACGGACACACAGGAUACACAGACCAUGACAGACUUACAGACACACAGAUACACAGACUGCCAUCUUGAACAAAAAAUAAAAUUUGUAUUGUAGUUAAGUGUUAUCACACGAAAUACUUAUUCAUGGCUAUGCAAUAUGUGUUCUGUUCAACUUUUCAAGGAGUUAGUGCAAUAUUUUGUAUUCUUUAUUGUGUGCUGAUUUUGUGUAUAUGUUCGUUGUCAGACUAUUUUUGAUUGCCUUUACAAUAGAUGCUCAUAGUGCCUUAUCUCAUUUAUGUGAACAUGUUGAAAUUCAGUGCAGCCCUGUCACGAUUGUGGUAGGGGUAACCUAGGAGAAGUAAGGCCGUACCAAAUUGUUAUUGUUAUGUUUAGUGUUAACCCAGAGUUCAAAAAUCUAUCUAGAUAUCCUGAAAAAAAGGAACCCUCACUGUAAAAAAUGUUUACUAAAUGAGUGACAAUUUCAGUAGAAUAUAUCCAUCAGAGCCUCCUUUGUCCAUGGUGGACCAAUUUUCUAUUGUUAGAUAAAUUUCAACUGCAAAAUGAGUUCAAAUAAAAUAUUUAAGUGUGUUGAUCAUGGUAAUUACACAGAAUGCAUUAUUUCUAAAACCAAAUGCCAAGUAUAAUAGAACAAAGUAUGGAUCUUGUUGUUUGCAUGUGUGUUCUGUAGUGAGAAUUAUAGUAAAACGAAAUGGAAUAUUAUAGCACGAUUUUUGAUCAGAAGAAGGCGAAACUAGGCUAUAAAACAUGUUUUUAUCUUUUUGAUCGAGAACCCCUAAACCUACCAUCUGCGGACCCUAAGCAUAGAAACAAAUUGAUAUUGCCUAAUAAGUAUAAAAGAGAAGAAGUAUGUUUCAGGGUUCCCGACCUACCAUAUUGUUUUGUCUCGACCCUUUACCUCUGUAUUGCCUUGAGUCAUAUUGUUUAGCGUUAUUAUUUUUUUUAUUUUAAUUUAUUUGUUUGAUUGUUUUUGGCUUUAAACAAUACCAGUGAUGCUUACACUGAUUGUAUAGGUGUUCUUAAGCAUAUAAUGUAUAGUUUUUUGUAUCAGAAGAAAUCUCAAGAAACAGUUUGCCAAAUAAGAAAAACCUCCUACACUAUUUUUUUUUUUGGGAUGUGGGGAUGAAUUUUAAAACAAACAUAUUAUUCUUUAUCGCAUUAAAUGUAAAUGCGAAAUAAAAGUGCCGCUUUUGUUCGGAAUCAAUACAUACACAUGUAUAACAAAAAUAAAUUUUGAGUGAUAAACCUUUAGUUUCUUACUAAAUAAUGCAUUUAUGGAAAAAAAUAAUUACUGAUAACAAGAUUGUCACCGCAUGUUUAAUAGCUGAAAACGUUCAAUGUAAAUCAGGGUUAUAAUGUCUUUUUUUGAUGUAAUAAAUAUGUUCUGUUCUGUUUAUGAUAUUAUCUAUGUAUAUAUUAUAGGCUAGAUGAAAGCUAGUGUUAAAUAGAGGCCAGUUUCUGCUGAUAGAAUCUAUGUGAUUACAUAUUUCAUGAAUGCAAGAUAUAAAUCAUAUGACAAAUCAUAUUCAAAGAUGUUAGACAGCAUUGAAUUACAUGUAUUUCUUGUGAACGCAUUGAAUUACAUGUAUAAAUUUCAUCAAUACCUCGGUAAUAAUCAUUUCUUUAAUUACUCAUCUUUAUAGAAAGGAAAAAAAUAAAUUCCUACCGCCUUAAUAUUGUACUAAUUAGUUUGCAUACACGAACAGUCUUCCGUGUGGUAUUGCUACGCAUUUGUUACACAUUUUCAUACAGUGCUUUCAAAUUAACUGUUGAAAUAAAAGUGCUUGUUUAUAUUUUUAUACCAAAAAGCUUUAAAGCAUCGUUUGACAGUUGCCUGUUGUACAUUUUAUUUAAUAAAUA